CAUCCAUAGGCGCUGGCUCUGCUUCGUUGACAAGGCACUUGUGCCACGCGCAGGGUGACAGCCGCCGACGCAUGGCAGAUCGCGCUUUGCUAGUUGAGGGCUAGCGUCACAAUCCCUGCUUCGGAACGUCAUCGCCCAUCACCAAAUUUUGGGGCAGCCCAACAGCGCGUGUGAUCAACACUGAUGAACAUUACGACGACCCCGCGCAGUACUUGAGCUGUUACUCACUUCCAUAGGAACCCCGCCCUUUCCUCGAAUCGUUUCUUCAACCCAAGUCCACCCACUUCUCAGAGCGUUCCGAAGCGAACAUGGCGACGCACGAGCAAUACAUACUGCACGUAACGGCGGGCGCAACCUACGACACGUCAAAACACGAAGAUGUCCUGGUCAACAGCGAGAAGCCACUCGACAUAUCGUCCGACCUGAUCGACGCGAGAGUGCACAUGCGCAUCAAAGACUACCGCGGCCUACCAGAAGGAUCUCCAAAGACAUCACCCUACUUCUCAACACCACAACACCCGUACGAUCGCUACUCGAUAUCCUUCUCCUUCACACCCAAACAAGACAUAGCCGGCGACAAGCUCGUCUUCGGCAACGACUUCGACCACCCCAUCCGCGACCGAUUACCGCCUCUCUUCGACAAGGCGUUCGGUAUAGUUAAGUGGUGGAUCGACCCGGGACUAGACGGCGAUGUAUACGCAGACGAGCCAUACCUCUACGGCGCGCUUCUCUCCUCCAUAAACGUCCUGCGUAUUGGUGGCAAGAAGGACGCGGACAAGCCGGCUAGAGGCGACUUGGAAGGCGAGGCGCAAACAGAAGGAGAUGUGGAAGUGCCUGGCUCGGACGGCGAAGCUGUUGUCUACGAAGAGGGCGCCGAUGGCGAUGGCGUGGAUGUCAGGAAGAGCAAACACGUACCCGAUAAAGCCAGCGCGCGACAAAAGUUCUUCCUCACAGAGCAGAACCGGAAGGACUUCGUCUUCGAAGCUGGUCGCGAAUACAAGUGCGAUUUCUUCAACCCGUAUCUCGAUUUCAAUGAGUUUGCGCUCAAGAUCGGGUAUGGUUUACCCGUGAUAAGCAUGAUCGGACACUGGGACGGACAGCCAUUACGAUAUGUGCUUAAGAACCGGGAAACCAACCAGGAGCUCUUUGUUGUGGUGAUUGAGCUGCUGCCUACUGAGCAAGCGAAGAAAGAGGGUGCUGAGGACCCGAAGGAGAAGUUUGAGGAGGUUCAUGGGAAGGAGAAAGAGGAAAAGAAUGAGGAUCUGGAUUAGGGGGGAAAGGGUUGGUAUUCGGAGUAUGAUGGGGGGAUUGGGUUGGGGGCAUCAGCAUGGCGUUUGGGAGGGUAUGAGUAAUGUAGGAUGGAAUGGAAUGGGAUAGAACUAUCGUUAGUGAUAGUAUGGGAGUGCGCUCGAUAUGAGCUGCAAGUACAGCAGUCAAUGUAACUUGGAUGAUUAUUUCCAUGAAUGGCCAUCUCCGCUAUCCCCCGCGGGGACAUAACGGGGACGCGGCAGAUGAAGCUCGGACCUCCGAACUUCGGCGGGAGCUGCAGCAACACCAAAAAUUCCAUCGCGAACCUGUCACUCCCGCA